GCAAAAGAACUCAAAAACGAGUAAUGGGUAUUUCAGAGACACAGCAAAACAGAGCAAAGACAGAGAAAGAGAGAUGUCAAAGAGCUGGGUUCGCCAUGGAUAUGAGAAGGUAGCUCGUAUUCUGAAGAAAGGAAACCCAAAAAGGCAUAAUUUUCCCAUUCUAAAAGGCCACCCUGCGGCCCAAGAACAUGCAGAGGAAGCUGUUGAGACCCAUGACACCAUCAGAAAUAAAAGCAAGGUGUUGAAGGAGUUCAAGAUAUAUAGAUGGAAUCCUAACCAUCCCAACAACAAACCUUACCUUCAAUCCUAUUUUCUAGACCUAUCCAAUUGUGGUCCUAUGGUUUUGGAUGCACUACAGAAGAUAAAGGCAGAGGAGGAUUCAAGCUUGAGUUAUAGGAGGUCAUGCAGAGAAGGGAUAUGUGGGUCAUGCUCUAUGAAUAUUGAUGGGACUAACACUGUGGCCUGUCUCAGGCCAAUUGGGAAAGACACUUCCAAGCCCACUGUCAUAACCCCUCUUCCUCACAUGUUUGUCAUCAAAGAUUUGGUGGUUGACCUUACUAAUUUCUACCAGCAGUAUAAGUCGAUAGAGCCGUGGCUGAAGACAAAAAAGCACCCAGAGGAUGGGAGAGAGUACAGGCAAUCACCAGAAGAUAGGAAAAAGCUAGAUGGUCUAUAUGAGUGUAUACUCUGUGCUUGUUGCUCUACUUCAUGCCCUUCCUACUGGUGGAAUCCUGAAGAGUUCCCAGGACCAGCUGCACUACUUCAUGCUUAUAGAUGGAUCUCUGAUAGCCGGGAUGAGUUUACAGAGGAGAGAUUGCAGGCAGUGACAGAGGACCAGAGGAGACUAUACAGAUGCAGGACCAUUCAGAAUUGUACUGCUGCUUGUCCCAAAAGCCUUGACCCUGCCGGUGCCAUUCAUAAGAUGAAGACCAAGCAUUUGCUUUCUCAACCAAUGGAAUUGGCUGGAAGCCUCUGAUUAACCGUGUUAUCACUUUGAUCACCUAUCCUUUCAUUCCCUCUAUGUUCAAAUUGCAGACCAUACAUAUGUUUUGAGUCCAUUACCAUGUUCUAUUAAGUUGUAGUUGCUGUUAAAUCUAUUUCAAUUAAUGACAUAUACUGUGAUAAAUUCUAUA